AUGCCCAGCCAUCCCGCCACCGACGCGGACAUCGACUCCCCCUCCUCGCCAUCCUCCUCCACCAUCCUGCUCCCCCUCGCCGCGCAGCAGCAGCAGCAGCACCAGCGCUACUUCGCGCGCAUCUCCCACUCCCCCAUCUACAAGCCCAAGACCUUCGGCUGGUCCACCCACAAGUUCGACCGCAAGUUCGUCUGGCUCGUCGGCUCGCCGUGCUCCUACCGCGGCUUCAACCGCGCCGUCCUCGACGUCCUCGUCGACGACAACGACUCCUCCUCCUCCUCGCCGCGCGACAACCGCCGCCCGCCACAGCACCAGCGCCGGUUCCUCGCCCAGCGCUACCGCCGGGCCGCGUACCGCCGCGACCCGUUCCGAUACGUCCACCCGCCUACGCGCGCCUGGAUGGACCGCGUCGAGGAGCUGCGCGAGGGCCGCGACAUUGCCGCCGAGGGGAGCGCUCUGCUUCCGCUUAGGGAUAUGGAUCGGCGGCGUGGGCAGGAGCUCCAGCAAUGUGACGCCCAGCGUCGUGUAGAUGAUGAUGGGGACGAUGAAGAGCGUAGCGGCUGUGAUGAUGAUGGGGACGACGACGACGGCCAUGCCGACGAGGACGACGACGUGCGGGAGCUCUACCGCAUGGGCCUCCUCUACGACGACGAGCACGAGCGCGGCUCGGGCUUCACCCUCGACGCCAUCGCCCACGACACUGCCUCCACGCCGCUCUACACCCUGACGGUCCGCGACCGCGACCGCGACCACCACCGUCGCGGCAAGCGAACCCAGCACGUGCAGGACUGGGACAACACCCCCGCUGACAUUGCCAGCGACGAGGCCCUCGCUGCGUUCCUCGCCGAGGCAGACUACGUCGACGUCUGCGCGCGGGACCUCCUCGACGGCGGUGAUUCGGAUGGUGGGACUGUCGCCGCGGCCGGUCCGUCCCGCAAGGAAGGGGAUGUGGUCGCUGCGAUGCGCGCCCAGCAGCGGCUGUGGGAGGCGUUUCGGGGAGACCGGCCGUCUGACCUCGACGGCGUAGAAUGGGAGGUGGUAUGA